UGCCUGGAACAUGGCAUGCAACCCAAUGGCCAGAUGCUAAGUGACAGCACCACUUCAGGGGUAGAUGACUCCUUCAGCACUUUCUUUAGUGAGACCAGUACUGGGAAAUAUGUGCCCAGGACAACGUUUGUGGACCUAGAACCUACAGUCAUUGAUGAAGUACGCACUGGUACCUACCGCCAACUCUUCCACCCCGAGCAGCUCAUCACAGGCAAGGAAGAUGCUGCCAAUAACUAUGCCCGUGGGCACUAUACCAUUGGUAGGGAGAUCAUUGACCUGGUCUCAGAGCGAGUCAGGAAACUGGUAAGCACAGCGCUUUAACAUUUUAAAUUGGGGUUAAGAAUUUUCUCUUCCAGCGUUUUGUUUUUGCUUGUUGAGACAGGAUCUCACCUUGUAGUCCAAGCUGGCCUUGAACUCAGGAUCUUCUUGCCUCAGGCUCCCAAGUGCUAGACUGACAGGCAUGCACUGCCAUGGCUGGCCAAACUGUAAGAAUCAUUCUUUGCAAUGAAAAUGACAGGCUGGAAAGUCUCUACACUAAGUGGCCUGUAAAUCAGAUGGUCCUGGUUAUGGGACAGCUGUCACAAAGGGUUCUAACUUGUGCUGACUUAGGCAGUUGUGCUCAUUCCUUUAAGGAGGGCAAUUUACUGGGUAUCAAAAUGAGAACAGAGAAUCCAUAACAAUUUCGUGACAUUUAAGACCAUUAAGCCUCUUUGCUUCCGGGUGAGACUUCAUCCCUGUUUAGGUCAUUUUAGUUACAUUAAGUGGCUAUGCCUAUGAGUAGCUGAUUGAUCAAACUUUUUUUAACAAUCUGGGCCUGUGCCUAUGUUAAUAAAGUUCAGGGCUGGGGGUGAGCACAGAGGUAGCUCUUUCUGACAUAGGCAAAGCCCUCAGCCCACUAGGAAAAAAAAACGUUCCGCCUGCAAGAAGCCAGCGUAACUAUAUACAAACUGCUAAGAUGGAAAGUUGAGACCUCCACCAAACUGAAAGUGGAAAAGAACUCAGGAGCUUCCAUAGGAUGGAAGCAGGUAUUAGCCAUUGAAACUUUGAUGUUUUGAGGUGCAGCUGCAGAGCAGCAGUUGCUGGGCUUUUAUCAGGGCACUGAACUGGC